AUGGGUUUCUUACGAAGAGAUCGCGAUGAGGUACCAAUUAAUAAGAAGCAGAAGUGGGAUUACAUUAACCUCAAUGAUUUCAAGACUCGCUCUUGCUGGUCACCCGUAGCCUAUUUCUUCUUCUUCGUCAAUACCUUCUUUGGCGUCGCCGUUGUCGCUGCUGAUUGCUACACAGCUGUCAAUCUGUUAAUUUUCGACCGCUGGUCUUCGAAAAUCGACCCCUUCAUCCCCUUCAGGAUAUCAAAAUGGAUUUUCGCCGGAUGUAUCAUUUUCUCGUUCGUGCUCAUUGGAGUCUCAAUACUCUGGGCAGUCAAGGCAAUCAAGGGCAAUAGCAUCGCGCGCGGUUAUCUCAACGUUUAUGCGCAGAGAUGGUACUGCGUCGGUAGGGGUGGAUAUAAGCGUUUCUUGGUCUUUACUGAGUUGACUAAGAGUAAACACGGAAGCGACUAUGUGAUGCUGUUCACUUAUUUCACUUUCAAAGGCUGGGCUAAAGUCCUCCUUGCCGAUGGACCUCGUCAGAUCCUCAAUGGCAUGACACUCUACGCCGUCAUGAAAGCCAAGAUUAUUCCAGGAACGACCAAAAGUGGCUUCAGUGGCCUUCUCGCUUCCAUCAAAGCUCUCGAGGAGGAAUCUUUGACACAGGCAAUCAUCCUAUCCGUCAUGCUUUUCACCUGUGUCUGGUGGAUCUUGACUUUCCUUUCCCUUGCUUUCGCCGUGCUGCUUUGGAUAAUGUUUAUUUGGCAUCACGUCCCAAGCGGACACACCCUUGGAUCGUACUGCAGGGAGAAGGUUGACAAGAGGCUCCUUGGGGUCGUUGCUAAGAAUCAUAAGAGGACUAUCGAAGAAGAACGGGAGGAAAGAAUGAAGGCGGACCAAGCCGGACUUGGUGCCCGAAAACCCACCUUACCCAACUUUGAAGAUGCUCCCACCGGACCUGCGAAGCCCCCAGUUGGCCCUACCCUACCGUCGAUUAGCGAGAAACCGGUCGCGCCUGGGCUUAAGAGAACUAAUACCAUGGAGACGUUUACGACCACUGUUUCUUCGAGACCUGAUACGAACAUGCCCUCUAGACCACCAUACGCCGCCGCAAGACCUCAAUUCCCAAUGAGAUCGUCUACAAAUGAUACCGCAAUGUCAACCACAUCGUCGAUGUUUGAUGAGUCGGCUAGUUUGAUAGGGGAUCGAAAGGACCCGUUCGCAAGAACUAACACCCCUCUAUACCGACCACAACCACCCGUUGGACCAUAUGGUAGAAACUACGACCCUGGGCAUGGACCUAACUCUUCCCAAGCCUCACUCACAAAUCCAUAUGAGACCGCCCCCCUUCAGCCACAUGACUUUCUUGGAUCGCAGCAAUAUCUCCCGCCGGUUAAUCGAAACGACACUGUAUCGCCGUUUUACCAACGUCCCCCACCCAUCAAUCGGAAUGAUACUAUCUCGCCUCUAGGAAAUGGGCCAUCUCCAGUUCAGCAUAGACCAAUUAACUUCGAACCGACCCAAGCUCCUUUCCAACCCUUCCCUCAGAAUAACUCUAUUCCUAGGCGGUUUCCAGUCCGUGCCCAGGAGCAAAACUUCGACUCGGGGAUCCAGCAACCACCAAUUGCGCAUACCCCGUCCCCAGCUCCCGAGUUUUCAAAGUACACAGAGCAUCGACAUACACCGCCAAUUCAUCAUAUGCCACAAUCCGAAAUUUUCGAGAUGGAUGGCGGUGUCACCACACAAACUAACACAAAAGCUACCGAUGCUAUUGAGCUGAGCAGUUCACCUCCAAGAACUACUCCCGCUCCUAUCCAGAGCGCUGCGGGUAACUCGUUUUCUGCUCACCCUAUGGCAUUUGAACUUGAUACUGGUGUUCCGGUUGUCGCCCAAGCUACUACAAAAUCAUCUCCACCCCCUCAAACAAGGACUCGCCGCCUAACACCUCCCCAACCAAUAACCACCACAGCACCACAAACAAGGUCGCCUCCUAAGCCCGCCCCUCAAGGAAGAGCUGGUCCCGCAUACAAUAAGCCGACCUACCAGCCUGCUGGCGCUCCAAUUGCCUCCACAUCGACUCCUCCACCCCAGGCCCAGGCCCAGAGACAGCUACCACAGAGAAGAAUCCAGCAAGACUUCGAGCGUGAGGAACACGGGGUCGGUAGAAACAUCCACGGAAACUAUGAUAUCGAAGCCGAUGUGCUGGAUUCCUACCUCCAUCGUUCCCCACAAUCCCAAAUCCAACCUCAACCGCCACAACCUCUCCAGCGACCAUUCAUGCAAUACGAAUCACAGGGACAGCAAGGAAGUAGACCUUCUACGCCAACUCGUGGCCUUCCAGUCCGCCGAGAAUCCGGCGACUCAUACUACAGCAACAGCGGGGCGCUUGGUCCAGCUUUUGGCCCUCCGAUGAGAAGUAUGACCGACACGCCUUCGGCUGGAUUUGUGGGGUCUAGAAGCAUGAGAGGAGAUGAUGGGUUUAGCAUGCCGGAAAGGAGUAUGACCGCUCCAUUCGCACGACAACCAGAUGUUCGAGACUCGCCACCAAGAGGCAACAGCAGAAUUUUUGAGAAUAGAAUGGCGCCUUCGCCGCCAAGAGGACGGGGCCCACAGCCAUACGGAAGAAAUAAUGGGAACGGUGGCGGUAAUGGACAGGGUGGAUAUGGUGGAAAUAACGGAUACGAACAGGGUGGCUAUGGUGGCGGUGGGUAUUCCGCAUGGUAA